AUGGCUGGGAUCGAUCAAUUAAUCAACUAAGAGAUAUCAGACUUUACUUUAGAUUCUGUUUAUAAUAGUAAAAAAAUGUUUAUGAGCAAUUUGGGCUUGAAAGUGCCUGAUUUCAUUGAAAGUACUAGAUUAAAAUUAUAAGUUAAGAUUAAUGAUGAGUAUAAAUUUGCUUAUGAUAAGUAGAUAAAAGAGGCUUAAAAAUAAGAGGAGCAAGAUAUCCUCAAGCUUGCAGAAUAAUUUUAUGAUUAAUCAACAGAAAGUAAUGUCCUUCUUAACGAGCAAGUCCAAAAAAUGCAAGAAGAAAAGAAAAUCAAGGAAUUAAAUGCUUAGAAAAGAAGCAAUAUCGAAGUAGUAAUUGAAUAAAUACCUGAAAAGCAAAUUGAAAUUAAUAAAAAGUUAUCAAAACUCCCAGCUUCUUUCCUAAAAUAUGGAUAAAAGGCUGGAUUAGAUAGUCAAACUUUAGAAAAGAAAAAGGAAGAAGAAAGACUUAUGCUUACUUAUUCAGGAUCAGCAUCUACUGCUAAUAAUUAAUUAUUAUCAUAAAGUGAGAGAGAUGCUUCUAAAUAUCAAAUAGCUAAUCUAUCUACUGAUAACUAUGUUAAAGGAGGUGAAGUUAUUGAUACUGUUAGAAUGGGAUCUGCUAUCGCAAGAAAUAUUACAAAGGUUAUUAAGCCUGAGUGGCAUAAACCUUGGAAAUUAAUGAGAGUUAUUGCUGGCCACAGAGGUUGGGUUAGGUGCGUAACUAUAGAUCCUGCAAAUUAAUUCUUUGUUACAGGAUCAAACGAUAGAACAAUUAAAUUCUGGGAUUUAGCCUCAGGAUAAUUGAAAUUAACCCUAACUGGCCACACAUCUCCCGUUAGAGCUUUAGUAGUAUCUGACAGACAUCCUUACUUGUUCUCUGCAGCCGAAGAUAAAACUGUUCGUUGCUGGGAUCUUGAAAUGAAUUAAGUCAUCAGAAACUAUCACGGACAUUUAUCAAGUGUUCAUUCUAUUUGCAUUCACCCUACUUUAAACUUAAUUGCAACUGGUGGCAGAGAUUGUACAAUUAGAUUAUGGGAUAUAAGAGCAAGAUCGUAGGUACAUGUUUUAACUGGACAUUAGCAUGCUGUAGGAACUGUUAUAAGUUAAGAAUUUGAACCUUAAAUAGUAUCAGGCUCUUAUGAUAAUUAUAUUAAAACUUGGGAUAUUGCAGCAGGAAAAUGUAUGAAAACAUUGACAAACCAUAAGAAACCUGUAAAGUCUUUAGUUUUUCACCAUAAAGAAUACACAUUUGCUUCAGGUGCAGCUGAUAAUAUCAAGGUUUGGAAGUGUCCCGAAGGAGAAUUUUUAAGAAAUAUAUCAUCUGGAAAUGAUCAUAUAGUAAAUUCAAUUGCUUUAAAUUAGGAUAAUGUACUCGUUAGCGGUUGUGAUGAUGGUACUCUCAAAUUUUGGGACUGGAAAUCAGGAUAUAAUUUCUAAACAAUUAAAUAAAAGCCAUAACCUGGUUCUAUAGCUGCAGAAAAUGCUAUUUUUGAUAUGAAAUUUGAUAGAUCAUAAAUGAGACUAAUCACUGCUGAGUGUGAUAAAACUAUAAAAGUUUAUAAGGAAGAUGAUGAAGCUACAAUGGAAUCUCAUCCAAUAAAUGAUUUUAAAGUAGAAUAUGGAAAGCAAGUUUAUUGA